CACGCACGUGUGUCUUCAGUUGUUUUUGUUUACAGUUUAAAACGUUUGUUGCAAAAAUGUUGGAGGACGCAUUCAAUGAACAUUAUCUCUGCAAUUUCAAUGAUGCCGAGCAGCCCGAAGGCGACGAGCGACUGUCGCAGCUCUGGGCCAGCCAAGAGCUGUGGACAGUGGCGCAGCUGCAGGAGAUAAUCGAACGCUGGCAGAGCAAAGAGAACAAACAACAGGCGAAGGCGACAACUGAGCUAAUGAAUGAUUUUUUGCAAAUUGUGUUUGCGUUUGUGCAAAACAAUUUCACCGGCCCCUUCGAUAAGUUGGAUGAGUGCACAGAAAUGUUGUCGAAACUUAAGCUGGAGCAGGAUGCACAGGAGCAACUAAAGGCGAGUGGCGAGGAGCUGAAUCCAAAUGUUAAGACAGCGCAGCUGCUGCUAAUAGCAAAGCAAAUGCUGCAGGCGCUGACGACAGAGCAGCCCAAAUCGAAGGUGCUUAGCUGGUGGCGCUUGCGUCUGAUUUGCCUGCAGCAGCAUAUCCUGGAUGAUCUGGCGAGCGCUCUUGUACGAAGAAUUCAAACUACUCGUAGCUGAGCUGCGUCCACAGCUCACAGAUUUCUGCAGCACAAGCAGCUGCAGUCGCUGCUGCUGCUCGAGCUGGCCAAUGGUUAUUUGCAGUUUCAUCGCUCGGAUUUGUCGAGUCAAAUGUUGGAUGAGCUCUGCACGCAUUUGCAGGUGGAGCUCAAGGUGGAGGGGCUGCUGGGACUGCGCACAAAGUUUCAACAGAAAGCGCUGCCGCAGCUUUGCUUAAAGGUGCUGCAAGCGGAGCAGUUGGAUUUGCCCACGGCGCAGGCAACAAAUGGCAAUGGAAAGCUGCCACAGCUGCUGCUACAUGAGGAUGACACCAGACUGGAGCGCAUACGCUUCAUAGAGCCCAAGGACAAUGAAGUAAUGACGCUGCCCAGUGUGCUGCAAGCUUUAGUGCUGGCCAAGGUCAAACAGCUGAAACGCUCGCAGCCCAAGGAUCGCCUGGCGGAUGAGCAACUGGAGCCUUAUACACAAACGCUGCUCUAUCAGCAGCAUGGACCGUUGCAAGUGCGUCAAUCCGCGCUGCUGCUCAAUUGCCAGCAGGAGUCGGGACAACGUCGCACUGUCGAGCGCAGCUGGAAGCAGUGCGAGGAGUGCGUCAAGCUGCUGCAGAAUGCAGCAGUUUACAGCCUGAAGACGCGUCUUUCAUUUGCCUUUGCCGCCUGCCUGCAGCCCAAGUGGCAGGUGCAGCUGCAGCUUGUGGAGCUGCUGCGUUCCUUGGGCAUGACCAAGUCGGCGCUGGAUAUUUGCUUGAAGAUUCAUGCCUGGCAGCAGGUUAUCGAGUGCUACACGAGUCUGGAGCUGCGUCACAAGGCGGCGGAGAUUAUAAGACAGGAGAUUGAGAAGCAGCCCACAGCUUUGCUUUAUUGUUUGCUGGGCGAUGCUGUGGAUGAUCCCAAGUGUUAUGAGCAGGCCUGGGAGCAUUCCAAGCAUACGAGUGGCAAGGCGCAAGCUUAUUGGGGCAAUUACUACUACAGACGCGCCGAGUACGCCGAGGCCAUUGGUCACUAUGAGAUAUCGCUGGAGAUUAAUUCGCUGCAGGAGUCGAUUUUGCUGCGUUGCGGCUUCAGUGCCAUUCAGCUGGAGCGUUGGGACACUGCUGUCAAAUCCUAUUUGGCUUACACGCAUCUCGAGCCCAAUGGCUUUGAAUCGUGGAACAAUCUGGGCAAGGCUUUGAUCAAGCUUGGCGACAAGCCACGUGCGCAUCGCUUGCUGGGUGAAUCACUGAAGUGCAACUACAACAACUGGAAGGUGUGGGAGAACUAUAUGCUCGUCUCGGUGGACACCACGCACUGGGAGGAUGCCAUGCGCGCUUAUACGCGCCUCGGUGAGCUCAAGCAGCAUUUUCUGGACGAGGAAGUGUUGACGCGCAUUGUUUACGGCAUUGCCCGCCAGCUGCAGUCGGAUUGCUCCUCUGAAGCGCAGUCCAAGUCCUUGCAGCGUCGCUUGAAUCAGCUCAUGGCUGCGCAGUGUGUGCGUCAUGGCAAUGAGCCCAUGGUAUGGGAAUUGGCUGCCUUGGUGGCUGUCACGCCGCUGAAAAAAGCCGAGCGCCUAGUCAAAUCCUAUCGCGCCUACACGAGCAAGCAGCUCGGCUGGGAGACAAAGUCCGCGCAUGCCAAGAAGGCGUUAAGCCUAUGCCUGGAGCUCUCCGAGCUUUCGCAGGCGGCCAUUAAAGAACACUCCAGCGAUGAAAGCGAAGUUAUGAUCACUUCGGGACUCAACUCCAGCCGCUUAGCUGUUACCUCCUGCUUGGGCGCACUCAAACGUGCCAGUCUCGUCGAGGUGCCCGCGGAGCAGCAACAGCAAAUGCAGCUGCUGGAGCAGCAGCUAACCCAACUCACCAACAUUGUGCAGCAGCGCAUGCAACGUCCCUAAGUAAAUAAACUUAAGUUGUUCCAAACAGCAAAAAAAACAUU